AUGUCCAAGAACCCUACAUUCGAAGAUAUCACAAGCUGUCAACGCGCCCUCUUCGAAUGGGCCGACAGCUACGACACGAAAGACUGGGAGCGUCUGCGUAAAAGCGUGGCUCCAACGCUCCGCAUCGACUACCGCUCCUUCCUGGACAAGAUCUGGGAAGCCAUGCCGCGCGACGAGUUCAUCCUCAUGGCCUCCGACCCGCGCUUCCUGGGCAAUCCCCUUCUUAAGACGCAGCACUUGGUCGGGCUGAGCACGUGGGAGAAGGUAGCCGAAGACCGGAUCGUCGGGCAUCAUCAGCUGCGUGUGGCGCAUCAGCGGUAUACUGAUGAUACGUUCAAGGAGGUGGCGGUUAAGGGCCAUGCGCAUGGCACUGCUACCAUGUGGUAUACUAGGGUUGAAGGGGAGUGGAUGUUCGCUGGGGUUUGUCCUCAGAUUAACUGGACGGAGUUCAAUUAUGAUCAGGUGUUUGCGGAGGGGAAGGAGCAUUUUGGGCAGAAUGGCGAGAAUGGUGGGAAUGGGCAUUGA